ACCUCCGUGGUUCAUCCCAGCGCUUCCGUUUUCCAGCGUAACGCAUGGGGUUUGACCAUCAGAGAGACAGAAGAGGGCGAGGGAGGAGGUGCUGCUUUUCUCGAGGAAUACUAGACAUAACCUGUUAAUAAAGGAAAGAAGAAGGGCUGCCGUGCUCUGAAAUGCAAUAAGUGCACAUCCAACGCUACCGCAUGAAGAAAGAGUCGCAUUUUUAACAGAUAUACUCCCUUGGACGCUCGCUGCACGAAGAUCCUAGCCUCAGCGAGGACACAGAGGAAACCCAUGGGUUCACAGAGCACAAUCUCGUGAGCUGCAUGCUCGGAAUAUAUCUGAAAUUCAAAGGGAAGUUCGCGAUAGAACCGACAGUGUUUUGGAACUGAUAAGAGCGCUUUCUGGGAUUUGUAAAACUUUCUUUUGCAUCGGAAUUUAAGGCCUCCCUCGCGCUCGCAGAAGUUCACAGGCUCCUCUGAACAUGGCAGACAGCGAAGACACCUUUCGGCUCCAAAACUCUCCCAGUGACACCGAUUCAAAAGAUGUCCCUAACGAUGGUAAAUCAGACAAACAGAUAGGAGCCGUCAGCAAGUCCCCGUCAUCACAGACAACCUACAUUCAACAGGGAAUGGAAGGGAUAAAAGUUUACCUGCACGAGCGAGAGUUGUGGGCAAAGUUUCAUGAAGUGGGAACUGAAAUGAUCAUCACCAAAGCCGGGAGGCGGAUGUUCCCAAGCUUCAAAGUGAAGGUCACCGGGUUGAACCCAAAAACCAAAUACAUUCUUCUGAUGGAUGUCGUGCCAGCGGACGAACACCGCUAUAAGUUCGCCGAUAACAAAUGGUCUGUGACGGGGAAGGCAGAACCUGCGAUGCCGGGAAGGUUGUACGUCCAUCCGGAUUCUCCAGCCACGGGAGCGCAUUGGAUGCGGCAACUGGUGUCUUUCCAGAAGCUGAAGCUAACCAACAACCACCUUGAUCCGUUCGGACAUAUUAUCCUGAAUUCAAUGCAUAAAUAUCAGCCCAGGAUUCACAUCGUAAAAGCAGAUGAAAAUAACGGAUUUGGAUCCAAAAACACCGCUUUCUGCACUCACGUGUUCCCGGAAACGGCGUUCAUUGCAGUCACGUCUUACCAAAACCAUAAGAUCACCCAACUGAAGAUCGAGAACAAUCCCUUCGCAAAGGGCUUUCGUGGAAGUGACGAUCUGGAGCUGCAUCGCAUGUCAAGAAUGCAGAGCACCAAGGAGUAUCCAGUGGUCCCUCGCAGUACCGUACGCCAGCGGGUCGGCAUCAGCCAGAGUCCGUUCGCCGGGGACGUCCAAGUUCUGUCUACUCCCAGCGGCAUGAGCUCUCAGUACUCCUGCGAGAACGGGGUCACGAGCACAUCGCAAGAUCUGCUGCCUCAGUCGAGCUCUUAUCCUCUGCCCCACGAACACAGCCAAGACUAUCACUGCAUCAAGAGGAAAGUUGAGGAUGACUGUCACGUGGGAGAGCACUCGUACAAGAAGACCUUUGUGGAAACCUCCUCCAGCGAGGAUGAUCACUACUAUCGGCCCGUGAGCUACUCUCAGUCUCUGGGUCUCAGUGGCGCCCCCUACAGGGCCGAGUCCAGUCAGCGGCAGGCGUGUAUGUACGCCAGUGCGUCGCAGUCCACCGAGCCUGUGCCCAGCCUGGAAGACAUCAGCUGCAACACCUGGACGGGCGUCUCACCUUACGCCGGCUGCUCGGUGACCACCAUGCAGCAGAUGGAGCGACUGCCCUACCAGCACUUCUCAGCUCACUUCACCUCAGGACCCCUCAUGUCCAGAUUGAGCGGCGUCGCGGGCCACGCCUCACCACAGCUGGGCGACACUCAUGCCAUGUAUCAGGGUUCCAUGUCCCAUCAGUCACUGGGCCGCCAAUGCAGUCCAAGUGCAGGAAUCCAGUCGCCGACGGCCGGCCUGCAGGGCAACGAGUACUUGUACACUCACAGUAUACCUCGCACCCUGUCUCCUCACCAGUACCACACCGUGCACAGUGUAAGCAUCAUGCCCGACUGGAAUGAGGGCAGCUAACUGGAUUCUCUUGAGCAGCGUAUGAGGCCCCAACAUGGAGGAGAGGCGCUUUCCUGCGUAUUUAUAACUUGUGAGAGUUUGCGGCGUAGGCAACUUAACAGUAAACAGUUGGAGGUGGGUUCAGCUGGCUGAGGCAGCGAUGAAUGUCUCAGUGUUUGAGCAGGACAGUAACAUGAGACUUAUAUUUGCAUGACGCUGACUGUAUAUCAGGGACAAAGAACUUUUCACUUUUCAUGCAAGGACAAAUGCACAAGGAUGCCAACCUUUAAUUGACAAAUCUUUUAUAAACAAAAAAGAAAAAGGUUACAGAGUAACUGAGGAAACCAAUCCAGUUUUAUCUUUUUUUUUUUUUCUAGGGCUGCAAAAGAUUAAUCGUGAUUAAUCGCAUUCAAAAAUAAAAGGUUGUUUACGAACUAUAUGUGUGCGUACCGUGUACAUUUAUUAUGUAUUAACACACACACA